CAUAACAUUCCAAAUCCAAAUUAUUAAGGAAAAGCCUUUAGUAGAAAAAGGGCAAUUAAAUAAUUCAUUGAAUAUAUAAGUCGCGAAUCGGGGGUGAAUUAUGCAUAUAGAUCUAUAUCUAUCUGAUGAGUGAUGAGGUCCUCGUUUGUAAUUAUGAUAGAACAUGAGGGGCAAUUUCUCAAUUACGCUUUAUAUAUAAACUUGUUUCCCUCAAAAUUUCAACCAUUCUCAAUUUCUCCUCUCCGAUCUUAUCUUUCAGAAAAGCUGAGUCAGUGGAACCCCUUCCCAAAUUUCAACUCACCACCAUGGCGAUGGCUUUCAAGAUGGCGACGAUGGGGAUGCGAGUGACGGAUGAGUGCAAAAAUUCGUUCAUGGAGAUGAAGUGGAAGAAGGUGUCUAGGUACAUAGUGUUUAAGAUCGAUGAAGGCUCGAAGCGCCUGACGGUGGACAAGGUCGGCGCCGCCGGCGAGGGAUACGAUGAGAUGGCCGCCGCCCUGCCCAACGACGACUGCCGCUACGCCGUCUUCGAUUUCGACUAUGUCACCGUUGACAACUGCCGCAAGAGCAGAAUCUUCUUCAUCGCCUGGGCCCCAACCGCAUCGAGAAUAAGAGCAAAAAUAUUGUACGCUACAUCGAAAGAUGGAUUGAGGAGAGCAUUAGAUGGAAUCCAUUAUGAAUUGCAAGCCACAGAUCCAACUGAGAUGGGAUUCGAUGUCAUUAAGGAUCGAGUCAAAUAGUUUUAUCACUUUAUCAUUUUCAUAAUUAUCAUAAAUCAAAUCAUGUUUGGGAAUAAUCCAAUAACUUAAUUUAAUUAAAUAAUCCCCACUUAGCAAGGCCUAUGCUUUCUGCUUGUUAGGGUGUCCCAUCCAUCACUUUUUAUAACAUGUGGUGCCAACUGCAUCGUUAGCCGCUCCUCUUAAUCAGUAAGACAGUAAUCACUUUUGUAAUAAUUUUUGCUUAACAAUUUUAAUCAACUAAUUAUGCAGAGUUUAACAACGAA